CUCUGAACAUAAAUCUGAACUCUCCUUCUUGACUGCAGUCUCCCUACUUAUGAUCUUCUUUCUGGUUCAAAGAAGAUGCUCCCUGGUUUCAAAAAUUGCUAUGGCACUCGGGCUCCUGGGAGUCUACAGUUACCGUGCAGCUAUUGGAAAUGUCAUAUUUCCAUGGCAACAUGAGAGCAAAGAUAUUUCAAAGGGGAUAACUGAAGCUCGUUUUGUUUAUGUCUUUGUUCUUGGCAUAGUCUUCACUGGCACUAAAGAUUUACUAAAGUCACAGGUUAUUUCUGCAGACUCCAGUGUGAAGAGUACAGGAUUAUGGGAAGUGUAUAGUGGAUUGGUUCUACUAGCAGCCCUUCUGUUUAGACCUCACAAUUUACCUGUCUUGGUGUUUUGCCUGCUGAUUCAGACUAUAAUGACAAAAUAUAUCUGGAGACCUUUGAAAUUUGAUGCAGCACAGGUUACUAUCAUGCACUACUGGUUUGGCCAAGCUUUCUUCUAUUUUCAG